GACUUGAGACUCUGCUGUUGUCAGUUUCAACAAAAUGGCUGCUGGAGCGCCACAAACGAAAACCAAGUGAACGCUUCACGUCAGUGCAGUAUCAUUUCUAAAAGGAUGCAUUGGAAUUUCCCGACCGUCGGGACACUUAUUCGUGUGGACUCGUUUACAUACGUAUUAGCGAACUAGAGGCAUGCUGAAAUAUUCCCUUUACGCACUUUAUACACAUCCAAAAGCAUACAAAAGCUCAAACUGCCAGUGUGCGCGAGUCUGUGUGGGUGUGCGCGUCUGUAGCUGCUCCUGAAAAUCGCCGAAAUGUUACAGCUGAUCAACCUCGCCGACGUGCAAAAUUGUCGUUCAAUGUCCUUCUCACUGUUUGCACUGGUAUUUUAGAGUUGUGUUCCCCCCUCUGGAUAAAUUCCACUGCAGAUUGAGAGGUGAAUUCCUCAACUGGAAAGUCAGGCUCGCCAUUGCAGCUCACUGCAAGAGUCUGACUGCGACUGAAUCUAUCUGUGUCAGUACGGGUAUCGACAACAUCCUCUUUCACCAUGCAGCUCAUGCAUCACAGCUGAACAGCAGACCGCAGGUGCUCCGUGUGCGAAAUAAAGCCUUGGCACAAAAGACGUCACACAAGAGGAGAACCAUUUGAUGGAAGAAAAGAAAAAGAAAAAGCAAGAGGAAAAGAAAAAGAAGGAAGCUGCUCAGAAAAAGGCUGCUGAACAGAAAACCAAAGUGCCAGACUCUGCCAAGCCCAGCCCCACCCCUCCUCCCCCCACCAACCCCAGCACCGCCACCAACCCGUCCGUGCCCUCAGCCAGCAGCAGCACUGGUGGCAAUGGCAAGCGCGCACCCUCCGGCAACCAACAGCAGCAGCCGGCAGCCCCUCGCUACCCGCCCCGAGAGGUGCCCCCUCGUUUCCGUCAACACGAACACAAGCAGCUACUGAAGCGGGGCCAACCUCUGCCCGCCGGAAGUACGGCUCUUGCGCAGCCAGUGUCCGCCAACCCUACGUCUCAGCCCUUCUCCUGCCAAACCCACCCAGAGCUGCCCCCACAGAGUGGCCUGGCAGCCCAGUAUGAGAAUAUAUCCCCCAAUCGCAGUGCCACUACAGCCUCUACCAACAGCUGCAGCGGCUGGGAUCCACUGAUUAUUGACGAGCGCGAUACGGAGGCGUGGCCUUCCAUUUCAUGCAAAGAAAGCCACGCCCCUGCAGGAUGCCCCUUGGACACUGAAAGUAUCAGUGACAUCAGCAGCAUGAGCAUGGCCACAGGAGCUGGCCAGCAAGGCCAUUUCUCCGCCAAUCACCCCAGCAAAGCCAAUGCCAGCCACUCAGGAGGUCUACUCUCUAGUCAGGGUGGGGCCAGCAGAGGCUGGGGCUCUGGCCCAUCUCCUGCGAGUGGAGGAGAAGGGAAGAAUGAAGUCUCCAGCACAUCAGUGGGAGCCAGGGGUUGGGGCUCCUCUAACUUUAACUUGAACUUAAACCCCAACGCCAACCCCUCUGCCUGGCCAGUUCUGGGACAUGAAGGGACCGGCAUGGGUGGCGGCAGCUCUGGAGGAAGCAACCCUCCUCCUAAUCUCUGUAGCCCACCGGGCUCUCUGCCCAGUCAGGGCCCUAGCAGCAGUGGCAGUAUAGGUGGUGCCAAUGGAAAUUCUGCAGGUAAUGGUGGCAGUGGCAAUGGCAGCACCGCAUGGGGUAGCAUUGUGCCCGGUGACUCCUCAGAGCCACACUCCACCCCAUCCACGAAUGUGUCUUUCAGCUCCGAACCUCAGAACCUUAACACUGAUGGACCAAAUCACACUAAGCAAGAGCCCAGAAGCCCUGGCCACAGCCUGCCUAACUGGGGGGUUGGGCCUGCAGGCAUGGGCUCAUUUGUGCAAAAUCCAGGAGGAGCCUCGCAGGUCAAUGGGGAUGAAGAACCUGUUUGGGGUAAUGGAGAUGCCAAGUCUGGUGGUGGCUCAAAAGACUCCGGUUGGGACUCAGGGAGCAGCUGGGGUCAAGGAGGGGCCUCAGGCACUUCUGGCUGGGGACAAGCUGCCUCAACUGGAGACUGGGGUAAGCAUUCCAACAGUGAGGCCAAAGGAUGGGAUUCUUCAGCCUCUCCAACCCAAGAGCAGCAGCUCAGUUCUUGGGGCCGUGGGGCCAAUGCCCCAGCCAGCGAGGGCAGCAGUGACAGCAUGGAAUGCAAUCCUCGCAGGAGGGUCCACUCAUCAAGAGACGAGGCUCCCCCUAUUCUGCCUGCCCAGGAUAUGGACCCUCGAGUUCUGUGCAACACAGGCUGGGGACAAACACCAGUGCGUCAGCACACCGCUUGGGAGACCGAAGAAGCUGCACGCUCCAACUCUAAGAAUGACAUUGGAACUGAAGCCUGGGGCUCAUCCUCAAAUGCAGCCAAUGUAGGACCAACACCAACUUCUGGCAGUGCCAACCCAAACCAUGGCACUACAUCCAGACCUGACUCUGGGGGCAAGAAUGAGGGCUCCUGCCCCAGUACUGGAGCUGCACCUGGAUGGGGCACAACCAUGCCAUCAGCCCAGGCUAGCUCUGGUUGGGCAGAUCCUCCCAGCAACAAAAAACCUUCUAGUGGUCCUGGAAGUUGGGGCAGUACCCCAGCUGGAGGUCCAGGUGGCAACCUGCAGAAAAGUGGUCAGACUUGGGGUUCAGAGGAGAAGUCUCCUACCUGGGAAGACAGUCACGCUAAAGCCAAACCACAGGGCUGGACUGAGGUGCCUAAACCUUCUCACGGAUGGGGCAAUGGACCUAGUGGAGAAAGCGGGUCUGGAGGAGAAUGGGGCGAACCUGGAGAUGGAAAGAAAAAUGGUCCCUCCAGCUCUACCUGGGAGGGAGAGGGUACCGGCUGGACUGAAGGCUCAAGAGGAUGGGGAAAGCCUGCCCCGGCUGUAGGAGGAAACUGGGGAGAUGCACAACACUCCAGUGUGCCAUCACAAGGAUGGAAUAACAAGCCCCAGGAGGGCACUAGUGGCAAUAGUGGCAGUGAGCGCAUGGGUUCUUGGGGAGGUCCUAACUCUGUAAAGCAGAGUAGCUCUGGAUGGGGAGGAGGAAAUGGUGGAGGUGUUAAACCUGACCAUGCUGGAGAGCCCACUGGAUGGGAGGAGCCCUCUCCACACUCCAUCCGACGCAAGAUGGAGAUCGAUGAUGGUACCUCAGCUUGGGGUGACCCAAGCAGUUACAAGAAGACAGUCAAUCUCUGGGACAGGAAUAACCCUGUCAUCCAAGGCAAACCAGGACCUGGCAAUGCCAACAAUGUACCCAACAACCAUCAUCAUCAUAAUCCCCACCAUAACCAGCCUCCCGUGCAGACCCACAGCCAUGGAGGGCCAAAUUCAAACAAUAAUCACAUUUCCCCUGAUAACGCUGGCCCACAUCAAACAGGGCCACCUCACAACAGAACAACCCUCAUGAAUCCAGGAUGGGGCGAGAUGACAAAUGUCCAUUCAAAACCUGAGCCCUCAUGGGGAGAGCCAGCCGCCCCUGCAGCAAGUGUAGACAAUGGCACUUCAGCAUGGGGUAAACCCCCAGGUGGCUGUGGCGGCUGGGGUGAUAAUGGCGCUGAGGUCUAUGGUCGAGGCAGCGGACCUCCUGGAUCUGCCCCCUGCAAACCUGCCCCCAAAUCUAUGCAAGAUGGCUGGGGUGGUGGAGAGGACAUGGGCCUGUCUGCAGGGCAGUGGGAGCAGGAUGAGGGUGACAUGUGGAAUAGCACUGCAUCUCAAGAGAGCAACUCUUCCUGCAACUCCUGGGGCAACCCACCCAAAAAGGGCCCACCAAAGGGAAAAGUCCCAAACAAACAGGAUGAUACUUGGAUAAUGAAUCGUCUCAUCAAGCAGCUGACUGACAUGGGCUUCCCUAGAGACCCUGCAGAAGAGGCUCUCAAGAGCAACAACAUGAACUUGGAUCAGGCCAUGAGCGCCCUGUUGGAGAAGAAGUCUGAACUAGAUAAACGGGGGAUGGGAAUCUCUGACUACAACAACGGCCUAGUCAAUAAACCAAUGGGCUGCAGACCUUCAGUCAUCUCCAAAGAAUCCUCCUCAGAUCGUCCCCCAUUCUUGGACAAGGAUGCUGGGCUAGCAGAUGAUGCCCAAACUUCACCGUUUAUGCCUUCUCCGAGCCUGAAGCUCCCAUUGGGUAGUGCUGCACUCCCUGGCCAGAGCCUUGGAGUUGCAAUGCAAAACUUGAACAACAGACAGAUGCAGAGUGGAGUGUUUGGUAGUAGCGGAGCAGCACAAGCCCGGGCCCUGCAGCAGCAGCCUCCUCCCCAGCCGUCAGUGCCACCUCUCAACUCGUCCCAGCCUAGUCUACGCGCUCAAGUGCCUCAGUUUUUCAGCCCUCAGGUUCAAGCACAGCUUUUACAGUUUGCAGCAAAAAACAUUGGUCUCAACCCUGCACUUUUAACCUCACCAAUAAACCCUCAGCAUAUGACCCUGUUGAACCAACUUUAUCAGCUGCAACUGGCGUACCAGCGUUUACAAAUUCAGCAGCAGAUGUUGCAGGCACAGCGCAGUGUUUCUGGCCCCAUCCGACAGCAAGAGCAGCAAGUUGCACGUACAAUCAAUAACAUGCAGCAACAGAUCCAGCAGCACCAGCGGCAGCUGGCUCAGGCUCUGCUGAUGAAACAACAACAGCAGCAGCCACCCACCUCACACCCGGGCCUGCAUCCUAACGUAGGCAAAUCAGCUCUGGACACAUUUCCAGCCCACCCCCAGGCCUCCAGCCUCUCUGUUUCCGACCUUCAGACCAAAGAGCCACAGUCUUCUCCAAACUCCUUCUCACCCUACCCUAUUUCUGGAUUGAACCCUAACAUGAAUGUAAACUGCAUGGAGGUGGGUGGCCUGUCUAUUAAGGACUCUCCUCAGCCUCAGUCGCGCCUGUCACAGUGGACACACCCAAACUCCAUGGAAAACCUCUCUGGCAACUCCUCUCCAAUGGAGCCCAACUUCAGCAAGCAUGGUGCCAUCUCUGCAGGCCCCAGUCUGGGUCCACCAACUAAACCCCCGCUGGAUGACUCCUACAGUCCCUAUAAUCUGAUUUCCAGCGCUGAGUCUCCUGCCAGCCCCCUGGCACCUCAUGAUAGCUGGGGUCCGGGAAAGAACACCAAUGACAAGAUCUCCAAUGGGACCAAUGUCAACUGGCCUCCAGAGUUUUGUCCAGGAGUGCCCUGGAAAGGACUGCAGAAUAUUGACCCUGAGACUGACCCCAAUGUGACCCCAGGGAGUGUUCCCAGUGGGCCCACCAUCAAUACCAACAUUCAGGAUGUGAACCGCUACCUGCUGAGAGACAGGAGUGGAGGUAAGCUGUCUGACAUGAAGUCCACUUGGUCUCCGGGGCCCAUCUCACACACCCAGGCUUCUCUCUCUCACGAGCUAUGGAAAGUUCCACAAGGACCCCGUAACACAACGGCUCCCACACGGCCGCCUCCGGGCUUGACCAACACCAAGCCUUCGUCCACGUGGGGCGGAAACACCCUCGGCCUGGUGGCUGGUUGGAGCGGCUCCUACUCUUCAGCAGGUACCACAUGGAGUACAGACAGUGCCAGCAGGAGCACUAGCUGGUUGGUUCUGAGAAACCUCACACCACAGAUUGAUGGUUCAACACUGCGGACACUGUGCAUGCAACACGGUCCGCUCAUCACAUUCCAUCUCAACCUGACGCAGGGCAAUGCUGUGGUGCGCUACAGUUCUAAAGAGGAGGCUGCCAAAGCCCAGAAGUCCCUACACAUGUGUGUUUUGGGAAACACCACUAUACUGGCAGAGUUUGCUGGAGAAGAGGAGGUGAACCGCUUCUUUGCACAGGGUCAGUCCCUCACGCCCACCACCAGCUGGCAGGCCAACCCCGGCACCAAUCAAACACGGCUGGGGGGCGGAGGGACGGCGGCCACGCACCCCAUCGGCCACUGGAACAGCAGCAGUCUCGGAGGAGGCGGAGGAGGAGCGGGCGGGACGGGGUCCGGCAGCAAGGCGAGCAACGAGCUGCUGUGGGGGGGUGUACAGCAGUACUCCAGCCUGUGGGGGCCGCCCAGUGCCGAGGACGGCCGAGUGGUGGGCAGCCCCACCCCAAUCAAUACGCUGCUUCCUGGAGACCUGCUGAGCGGAGAGUCCAUGUGAGAGCGCCAAGCGCUCGAACCCCCUAACCGCAGCGAAACAUGAACCUUCACGAGCAAAAACCAAGCAAAUCAUUUGGCGAUAAUCAACGUCAGUGGAACUGUGAAAAACCAAGAGACAGGAGGCUGAGGCCACACUUGCAUAGAGGCUGCUGACCUUCUUCCUCUUCUUAUUUUUGUUUUGUGUCUUUUCAUCUGUGUUACUUUGAUCAUUAGCCUUGGGUUACAGUAUUCUACAGACUUCUUACGAAGAACUGUGACUAAAAGAGAAGUGAACCUUUACCCGAGACUUUUCUCUAAAAACUGAUACCAGUGUGAAAGUGUAUUUUACUACAAACCGACGAGACAAGCUGCCAUUUUUUAAAAUUCCUCUGGCACGAGCACAUCCCGUCAGCCCAAUCGCAGCAUAUAGCCCUUUCCCCCCCCGAAGAAACGUGCGUCAUUCCAAACCAACUACUCCACUGUCUUUUCGACCGGAUCCAUGGCUUUUUUCAGUUGGAUCGUUUGGAUUAAUUAACAGCACUAAACUUUAGCCUUAACUGCUGAUCAGUCCCACUCCAUUUGUACUCUGAAGAAACUCAUCUUGAGAAUUGCACAUUUUCUCAUUUUCUGAGCCAGGACUGUCACGGUUUCGAUCUCAACCGCAACGUAUGCGCAUUCGUCCUUCCUGUUUCCCUCGGUUGCCAUCUGUCCUCGUAACUCUCGAAAGGACGGACAAGUAUCCCUCUGCACAUUUGAGGCAUUUCUUCUUAAGCUGAGAGGACACAUGGACAGCUGAGGAAUAUAUUAACCACUGCUCACAAAAAAAACUGUACAGGAAACACUUUUUUUUUUAAGAUGGACUACUUUCUUUUUUCAAUGACCUCGGUCUUUCUCUCUCUCUCUAUCUCUCUCAAAAAAACAUAAGCCCUCAUUGUCGUUCGUCUGAAGUGCAAUAUAUGCCACAGACUCUUCCGUCCAUCUUUACGCAGUGCUUUUUUGCCGGUGAACGGUAGGAGCUCGCCUGGGGACAGGCGGGGGGAAAAAAAUCAAAGACUCGUCUCCUGCCGUGUCCACCAAGCGUGGGACUGAACAGAAGAGGACUCUCUCAGUGUGUAAGCCCAUGGUGAUGAAACUUUCACAAGCACUUCCUCUACACACUCAAGGACAAGUGUGACUACAGGGGCAACAGGGGCUUCAAACCAAAUAAGAGGUGUUUCUUGUAACCCAGUAGACAAAGUGCAUUUUUUUUUUUUUUUUUUUUUUUUUUUUUUUUUUUUUGGUUGUCGUUGUUGUAUUUGGUACAAAAGUAUGGAACAAAGAAGGCGUGGUUUCUUCAUAGCACUUAGCAAGAGCGUCAAGCUCCGACUUCAAUGCCAACAAAUAGACGUGUGAAACUGACAAAAAAGCAACGAUGAAAAGCAAUCUACCGAACUUCUCCUCCACGCUCCUUUUUGAACUCUAAACGGAUUUUGCCGUUCCUUUUCUUCUUCGUCUUCGUCUUUCCACGGUCUGAAGUCAGACAUUUCGAAACGGUAGCAAAAUGAAGGGAUGUCUGAUGUCUGAAAAAAACAAAACAAAACACCACCACAACAAGACUGAAGCGUUCACAUGUUUUUUUUUGGUUUUCUUUAAGAUGAUAUAUAUCAAAGUAAAUAUCACUGUUACAGUACUCCAAAAUCAUUAGCCUUUUUGUCUGGAGAUGCUAGACGUGUUGUAAUGUUUCUAAUGGAUUCUGCGGGUUUCCCGCCUACCUGUAUGAUAAGUGUGGCCAUUGAGUGCCUAUCUGCUGUGGCGCCUCGGGUGCCCACACUUUUGACUUUUGACCCGCUGUGCCAGGCCGGCGCACCAGAUGCCAGAACGGACCCGCCUGGGCCGGAGCGGUGGCUCCUUCAGACCUGGCCAAUCAGUACGUACUACUACUGCGCCAGCACUCGACCUCGUCUCAACUUCACUCUCAUAGACUCUCUCUUUCUCCCUCUCAUGCAAAGAUCACUUUAGCUGGAAGUGGACAGGUUCGUUUUAUGUACUUUUUACGAUCGAUUGGGUUUUUCCCUUCUGGAAUCGCCAGUGUUGUUUUCUUUGUUUUUGAUUUUGGUCAACAUUGCUGUUGUUAUCGUCGUUGCUGUUGUUGAUGUUCUAUGGUUAUUUUGCGCUUUUUCGGUUUGCGUGUGUCAAUGCAGUGGUCUCUAUGGUAGCUGCUCUCACCAGCCCCUUUUGCUGCGCAUAUGCAGAAACACUCUUGAUUUAAGAGGCACACCUCAGCGUAAACGACUGAAAUGACAGAAAUGGGUCGGAGACGAAAGGAAGAGUAGGUCGCUGGUGCUCAGUUUGUCUUCUGCCUCUCCUCUGCACUUUCCUCCGCUCCGGUGUCUGGCCGCACACUCGCACUGGUGCUUACGACAAAGGGCAGGCAGAGUACACUACUUUACCUGGUCGCCUCUUCUCACAGUAAUAAACGCGAACGAUAACGGAGACUCGGUUCUCCACUUCUAUGCAAAGACCGACCGAGAGGUGCAGUUCACGGCCUUCAGCUUCAAUCCGUAGUUCUCUCCAAGCCCACUCUGCAGCUCGCCAGGUGAUCGUGCGAAGGCAGCUUCCUUAGUAAGAAACCGGCCCGCUUCGUUUGAACUGAUGACCAGGCCCUCACUGUUUACUCUCUGAAUGAUCUCUUACAUUAUGUACAUGCAGUCUCAGGGCAGCCUCAGAGAACCCCAAACUGUUUUAUCGUCACAAGGAGGGCGUUAUCACAUUAUCCGACGCGGCUUUAAAGACGGGUGGGCGAGUGGACUAUAUACAUUGUCUUUUUAGAUCCCGAUCUUAACCUAGACAUGAUUUCUAUCAGAGUGGACUUAUCAUUUCUUGAAACAGAGCACAUGGAGAUGGAGAGGUAGAAUGCAGGUUGGCACCAAGACAGACGGGUAGCACCUUAUCCCGGGUAUCAAACGCAUACGUCCGGGAGGACUGCUGAGAAUCAAACAGGGAAUCCAGAAUGUUUAGGUGCACUGUAGAUGGUUCACAUUUGGGUACAUCUUUUUUUCUUUAACCAAAACGGUUUUUGUCUGAUUAUUAUUGAUAUUGUUGAAAAGGAAACUUUAAUUCUGUAAUACACUCUUGACUGAAGUGCUUCUCUCUGCAAGCCUUUGACGCCCUUCGUGGCACACAGAUGACUCUGGGGUUGCUGUAUUGAUGGUAUUAAAUUCUGUCCUGACCCGAUGUUGUAGGGGAACGGUGCAGAUUAUUUGUUAUUUUCAUUUUUUUUUCUUUUAAAACAGGUCCAGGUCCUUACAGACCUAUUGUAUCAGGAGGCCUGGGGCACAUGCCAGUUGAUACCAAGUCUUAAAAGGGGAAAGUCCCUUUCUGGAAGAUUUCUUUCUUUCUUUUUUUUUUUCCGCACUCGAGUGACACUAGCAACAAUCACUAUUGCCUGUUUUUGAAGAUAUAUAUAUUUUUAACUGCCUUUCUCUAAGCUGUACUCGAGACCACGAAAAACAAACGUCCAAAACGUGUUUGAAAUCCAGAGGAUUGCCUGGCAAGACUAGCUAGCUAGCCAACAAGUGCCCGGUCCUUUACAUGUACUGGGUCUUACCGAUAAGACUAAUGUACCCCAGCUCCAGAUGCAACUUAGUUUAGAUAGGAAGGCUGCUUCGAUCGUACAAAAAAAAAAAAACAGGGCCUGGGUGAAGGUGAGCUCUAAGAAACACAAAUCCUCUUUUCUUAGGGUCCUAGAAUAUGCACAUGCUGGUUGAUAUACAUGUACAUCUGAAAUCCUGUGUAUGUAUAUAACUGGUCUUUUUUUUGUUUGUUUUUUUUGGUUUAUUUACUUUUGGUUUUCAGGCCCCGUUUCCUUCUCUUCAUAAAUUUUACCUAGAUGAUAAGAAGCAUAAACAUAUCAAAAUGAUACAAAUUAAAAAAACACAAAUACUUGAAUCAAAAAGAAGCGCCAAUAAUGUAAUGUGAACUUUUUUUGUAAUAAUUUUUGUCAUUCAUACACUUCCAAGCUUUUUGAUAACAUCAGUUCAAACUGAACAAAAAAACUUAGUUAAAAAAAAAACAACAAAAAAAACUUAAAAAAACAAAAACGAAAAAAAAGCAAAACGACAUCGGUUGUAUGUGAGUGUUUGCACAAGAUUGCGUGUACUGUAUGACGAAUGAAUGCGAAUUCGUUUGCCCGUGUGUGUGUGUGUGUGAGUGGGUUCGAACCAAUGUAUGCUAGUGAUUACAGUGGAUUUGUUUGCGCCUUUGUUUCAUUUUAAGCAUCUUUUUGUCUCUUUUGUUGGCUAGUCGAAAAUAUAUUCGGAUGUGUAUUGUUAUCGUAUUUGUUAUUAGCUUUGUUAUUAGAGUUGCACUGAGUGUCUGCUUCCCCUCAUUCAGCUAAUCGUACAACAUGAUAUUAAAGUACUAAGGGGACAAGGUGACAAUUCAUGUGUUAAUGUUUACUCAAGGACUUAUUGAGAAAAAUAACAAGUGUGUUUUUUUUAUCUGUAAUACGAUUAUCUACCUUAUAGUGGCUUUUAUUGUGGAAUAAUCCAUGAUAAAGAAAUGGAUUAUUUUGAGUAUUGCACCAUUUGUUUUUCAGAUUAUAAACAGAAAAAAGCAAAAUACUAACAAAAAAAAUAUAUGAAUAUAAAAAGUGGGGAACUUUUGUUUUAUUCGAAGAACUGUGGCCAUAGAUUUCGAUGUUGAGGGACUUGUAACUCCCCAUGUUACACCACGAUGAGCUGGAUAGACAUCUGGAGAAGAGUUUCUUACAAGACUCAUUUCAGAGGUGCCUACCUUUCUGGUUUGCUUUUUUUUUUUUUUUCUUUUUUUUUUUUGGUCGUUAUUGUUCGUAUCUGUUCUAGUUUUCUUCUUUGUGCAAGGCCACCAUCAGUUUACAAGCAUUUCAUGUUUUUCUGAAGUUCGAGGAAAGGAAAUUUUGCGAUGGGAUUGUCGUGAGGAGAAAAGAUCCUAAAGGACAUGUACUUCCAUCAAAUGAAUAACGCAAACACUUUACGGAAUGAAGAUUAUUGUGCUACUUGCAGAACUCUGGGAUUGAUCAGUGUUGUCAUGUUUUUGUUUUUUAUUUAUGUUGGCAAUGUUACUUUCGUAGGUUAUGAAAGCCUGUACUUUUUUUUUUUUUUUGAAGCAAAAAACAUUUCCUUUGUUUGAAAAAAAACAAAAAAAAAAAGAGAAAAGAAGACAUAAUUGUUCACUAUCUUGCACACACAAAAAAGUGGAUCAUGUCUCAGGAAGGCAAGGGUUCCAGAGUACCAACUCCACGCCAUUUAAUGUUCGUUUUUAGAGAAAGAGGAUAACAGAAAAAAAAAGGAGGAAAAAAAAAAACAUAAGCACUGAAGGUUAUGGAUUUCAGAAGAAGAAAAUACCUUUGUUUCUAAAUCCGUAGCAGUUACAUAUUUACCAAAUAAUGAACACUUAAUGAACUUUAAAAAAUGGAGUGCUUUAUAUAUAAAUCUAUAUAUUGAAAUUGCUUUACAUUUUAAACAAAAUGAUCAAUGAUUUUGAUUGUUCAAAAGACGGUGAAAGAACAUACAAAUGCUGUAUGUUUGAAUCUUUAUUGUAUUUUCUUAACAUGAGGUCCCUUCCUGUUGAAAUCAGGACCAUUGUGCAUUACUAUUUCUUUCCUCUUUGUCAUUCUGUCUCUUGUGGCGGGUAUUACGUAAUGAGAAAUGAAAAAGACGAGGGGUUGGGGGGCAGGAUUUCUCUUGUCAAAUUGAUCGAUUUUAAAGAGAAAACAAAAAGCUGGUUUAUACGGAUCAUGAUCUAUGCACAAGGGGGGUGGUUGGUGGGCUUCUUAAAGCCUCUGUGACCCAUCUCUCAUUGGGAUUAGAGGGAUUUCUUUUUCUGUGUGUCCAUUUAUUGUGCUCAUUUGUCUCCCUUCCCCCCCCCACCGACCCCAUCUUAUUUCCCAUUUUUCAUGUUUCUUACAUACAGUACAUCGCCAUGCUGUGUAUUCCUAAACCAAUGAACGUCUCAUUCUGAAGCACUGUGGGGGUUUUUUUGUAGCCCAUGACUUUCAAGGUUGUCUGUGUUCUGCAUGAGUGAGUGAGUGAGUGAAUGAAUGAGUGAGUGUGGAUGGAGAUACUGCUUUUGCCUUUUGAUUUUAAAUGUUAAGGAAUAUGUCUGUACUGAGAUUUUAAAAAGUCAGUGGCUUUUAAUGUUUUUGUUUUCUCUCUUUCUCUCUCUUUCUCUCUUUCUCUCCUCAUAGAAUGUGAUUGUUGACAUGCACCGAAAAAAAAAAAUGUUUUGAACUAUGGAGCUUCUUUCAAACAAUUAAUAAAUUGCAUUUUUGUUCUUGGC